ACUUUUGUUUUAUGGUAGAUUCUUGUUGUCUUUGGCCAACCAAAGAACGGAAAUAUCUUCUCAACACAUACUUCUCUUCCGCUGGUUUCUUUGCUCAGCUUCUCUCAGAUCCUUUCCGUCCUCCUGGAAAUCGCAGCCCCUGUUCCAUCAAAUUUGAAUCGAGUUUCCAUUCUCUCCACCAAGAACCUAUCUUUCACCACCUUUAUGCUGGUCGAACCACAAAAAUCCCAUCUUGUUGAUUCUUCCUACGUUGAUUUCUUAGUUACUCAUCAGAUGCGGAGGAAAUGGAUGCUAGAGGGUGAUGGUGAACAGCGGAUGGUUAUAGAAGACUACAACUUUAGGGGUUCAAGAGCGCGCUCUGAUUUCAGCUUAUAAGACGGAGAGGAUUUGGCAUACUUCGAUGGUUUAUCCUGGCUAAUGUCCUCUCUGCUGCAACUUGCAAUCGGUGGUUUCUUACUGGAAAUUGUAGCAUAACAGCUUAAAGCAUAGAUAAUCAUCUGAGUUGUUUUAAUUGCUUGUUUGGGUUUAAUGGGUCGAGGCAGAGGAAAGGGGAAGAAAUUGGCAGUGGCCACUGGUAACGAGGACCCAGGGAGUGGUGAUCAAGAGGUGCUCCCUGUAUAUAAGAGAAGAGGAAGGCCUCAGAAGCCGUUGAAGGAUGACAUUGAUGUAGAUGACACUGAAACGGUAGAAGGGAAAGAUGAUAUGAAGCUUACUGCACCAAACAAAGAGCUUAAGGGUUCAACAGUGGUGGUUGGGAAGAAACGAAAGAGAUAUUCAAAAGCAAAAGAGAACUCUGAUGCGAUCAUAGAGGAAAAUGGUGUUGGAUCAAAAUCCAGAAACGAGGAUUUAACAAGGUCCAAUGGUUUUCGGCAUAGUGGGAGCCGGCGGAAGAGCAAGCCUCAUCGGGCUGCUGAAGCUGGAGUUGAGUGCAAUGAAAUUUGCAUUAAAGAUGGAUUCCCUGUGUGCUCUUUGGACAUUUCCUACUUGUGUCUGUUUGUACACUGCGCUGACAUAUGAAGCUCCUGUUUGGUUCAUCAAGACCGACUUCCAGAACAUAUCUUAAGUCGAUCCUAGGUGAUUUUACAGAGGGUGUUUGAUAACCCCAUGUUGUAGCCCCAGCUUCUGGCAUGGAAGUUUGAUUUGUUGCAAAGAUGGAAACACGAGAGAAGUUACCCUGGGACGGGUAAUUUAGGUAGAUCAUCUUCUGUUGAUCAAGCAGAGAACAUAUCCAGGCUACGAUGCCUUUUGGAUUCUUUGCACCUUUCUUGAAGCUGGAGUAGUUUGUUCCUUGGUGAAUUGUUAUCUUUGGUACGAGGAUCCAUCUGACUUCCUGUGCCGUGCCACAAGGGUCAAGCACGGCAGGAUGCCAGUAGGCAAAUGCACAGCAAUCCAAGGCUCCGGAGAUUUCAACCCUGGAUGUGCGUCAUCACAACUAUUGCUCCAUGAUCGGAUGAGACCAUCGUUAACUUCAUCCUGCUCCAGUUUUUGUGUUCGUCGAUAGCAUGGUUAUUGAGAAUUUGCAGCUGUAGAGAUGUGAAAGAGAGACAGGACACCAUGCGACGCAGGGGCGUUGUUGGUCCACAACUGCAAUCUACCCAGAAAGAUGUGCAAAGUGCUACUAUAAUGUGGUCUGCCGUCCUCCUCUGUUCCACACUGACCUCAUUACAUCAGUCCAUGAAAUCUAUCUAGGAGAUUUAUACCAUUAGGAGACUUGCGGAUGGAUCCAUUGCAAAUGGAGCGCACUAGUAGAAGAAACCUCAACUCCAGCACAUUCGACCUAACUCGGUAGUGGAUUGCUGAACCGGUGCACAUCACAUGUACUCUUUGAAUUUUGACAGCCUUUCUUUCUGCUCACAAGUUCAGCCAGACAAGGGCCAUUAAAGUUUCUUGCUAGAGAGAGAAAUGUGUCAUCAUUGUUCGUUGAUGUACUAGUGUUUUUGAGACCACUUACAUGCACAUGGUUUGCAUUUAAUUCUCUGUUGCGUGGUUUCAAACAACAACACUCAAAAGUUAGGGGCAGGAGGAGGAUUUAGGUAGACCAACUCUCUACUGUACUUGGAACAUAAUAACUAGAUAUCUUGAGCUAUGUCUCAUCGUGUCAUAAAUUUGGUCCCUUGUGGUAGAAGAGAUGAGAAGAGUCAAGUGCUGGAGUUGGGAUUACCUUGCGCAGGUUUCUUCUGAUGCAUCCUACACUUCCUCUCCUUUUGACAGAUGCAAGAGGCAACACAAAUUAUAUCACACGGACGAUCUUGAUCACAAG